AUGUUAGGUAUUACAGAAGUUACAGAUAAUUUAUAUAUAUCUGGUCUUGAAUCUUCUACAGCGAUAUUAAGCAAAGGUAUACGUUCGGUUAUUAAUAUAUCAUCUGAAUGUCCAAUGCAAGAUCUUGGUCCAACAGUUGAUUAUGAAAAAAUUAGUAUACCAGAUUUGCCAACAACAUCAAUACAACCUUAUUUUGAUCGAUUAGCAGAUCGAAUUGAUCAAAAUUUACGACAAGGAAAAAAAACACUUGUUCAUUGUUAUGUUGGACGAUCAAGAUCAGCAUCGAUUAUUUUAGGUUGGUUUUAG